AUGGAUGACAAAAUCAAGUCUUUGAUUCAAGCUUAUAGCUGUGAAACUCCUGGUGAAAUUAAGCCGAAAGUUGUAGACUUGAAAGUUUCCAAAAAGAAGAAAUCAAGUUCCCCCACAAAGCCUAAAAAGCUUUUGGAUAAGUCACUUUACAAGGACUUGCCACCGUCAUUGAAAACUGAUUUGACUCUUGUUUUCAUAGGAUUUAACCCUGGUUUACAAUCUUCUUUAACACAGCAUCAUUAUGCACAUUUUUCGAACUUAUUUUGGAAGUUAUUUAACCAAUCCAAGCUCAUAUAUAGUGUAGUUGAUGUAGAAACAGCAUUAGAAAACGACACUUUUCUUCAAAGCCGUACUACUGGCCAAGAAGUCUCUAAAUUCACUGCAGUCGAUGAUUAUGACUUACUAGAUUAUGGAAUUGGCUUCACUGAUAUGGUCUUGAGAUGUACAAAGGCUAUUGACGAACUAACUAAAGCAGAGAAGCUAGAGAAUGUGCCUAGACUAUUUGAUGAACUAAAAGCUGCUAAGCCAAAAUUCUUGUGCUUCAUUGGCAAAGGUAUUUGGGAAGUCAUAGUCACCUACUUAAAUGGAUUUAAGAACUUCAAGUUAAAGGAUUUUAAAUGGGGAGUGCAAAAGGUUAGUGAGGCGGAAGGAGAAUACAGGCGUUUACUUUUGAGCCUACAAAAGCACUUAGGAUAUGACGACUAUGGUUUGUAUAUAUUUCCAAAUACUUCUGGACUAGUUACAAGCUUAAAGUUCCAUGAGAAAUUGGAACUAUGGAACAAUUUAGUUAAGGAUAUAUACAGUAGGAAGACGUAA